AAAUCGAAGAAAAAAAUUAUCGAGCAAAAUAUUUUGAACCAUUUGGUAAAGAAAGUGAACGAUCUUCAUAUGCUGAAGAUGAUGAUUUGGCUGAAAGACUUUGGGAAUUUACCGAGAAUUUGAUAAAUGAAAAAUUACCAAAAAAUUGA